UUUUGCUUUAGGGCUGGAUUUAUUUGCAAACCGCAGGAAGAAGAAAAUACAAGCGAGAGAGGGGUUUGGUGCAGCGCCGCGAUCACGGAUUUCAGAUGUGUUCUAAGCCUGGCGGGGUGAGCAAGCUUCCGGGCCCUGAUGGAGACGCAGCACGGCAGUGGGUCGCAGCCCUUGCUGCAGGCUCGGCGUGACAGCGGGAGACCGCACGGGGAGCCCGACCUGCGGGAUGUGCUGAUGCAGCAGGUGCACGUCUUGUCCUUGGACCAGAUCAGAGCCAUCCGAAACACGAAUGAAUACACAGAGGGACCUACGGUGGCUCCGCGGCCGGGGGUCAAGUCUUCUCCUCGGGUAACAGCCCAACCCAAAAAUGAAAGGCCCCAUGGCUUGCCUGAGCAUCGCCAUUUUAGCCGGAUCCAGCACACACAAACGCACGCGUCUCCUCGAGCGCCUCUGUCCCGAUCCAUCAGCACAGUCAGCACAGGCUCACGGAGCAGCACGAGGACAAGUACGAGCAGUAAUUCCUCAGAGCAAAGACUUCUAGGAUCAUCUUCUGGGCCAGGUGCUGACGGGAUAGUCCGGAUGCAGCCCAAGUCUGAGCUCAAGGCGAGUGAGCUGAAGCCACCGAGCAAAGAAGACUUGGGAGCACACAGCUACAGGUGUGAGGACUGUGGAAAGUGUAAGUGUAAGGAGUGCACUUAUCCAAGGACCCUCCCCUCGUGUUGGAUCUGUGACAAGCAGUGUCUUUGCUCGGCCCAGAACGUGGUUGACUACGGGACUUGCGUUUGCUGUGUGAAGGGCCUCUUCUAUCACUGCUCUAACGAUGACGAGGACAACUGUGCUGACAACCCCUGCUCCUGCAGCCAGUCACAUUGCUGCACUAGGUGGUCCGCCAUGGGUGUAGUGUCCCUCUUUCUGCCUUGCUUGUGGUGUUACCUACCAGCCAAGGGUUGCCUUAAGUUGUGCCAGGGCUGUUACGACCGGGUAAAUCGGCCUGGGUGCCGCUGUAAGCACUCCAACACCGUUUGCUGCAAAGUUCCCAGCGUACCCCCCAGGAACUUUGAAAAGCCAACAUAGCAUCACUAGCCAGAAAUACUAAAGUAACAAGGAUUAUUAUUUUAACGUACAUAUGCAACCAACUAAGCAGCUAUGGUCUUGGCACUGUAGUAGAAGGGUUGGGGAUGUACUUUGCUGUUUGCAGUGAAAUGCUUUUCUGUGUGUGUGCCAUCUUAACUGAUACGCUUGUUAGAAUCCAGCUAGUGGCAUACAGGGGGAAAAAAAAAGGGAUGCAGUACAUUGUGACCCACAUAUUGCAUAAGCUAAAGCAACACAGACACUCCUAGGCAACUCUAUUGUUUGUGAAUAGUACUUGCAAAAUUUGUAAAUUAGCAAAUGACUCCCUUUUUUUUCAUUGUUUUCUGCCAGAGAUAAUGUGCUAUAUUUUUGUAUAUACAAUAAUAUUUUCAACUGUGAAAAGUAAGUGCUGUCAUAAGACAUGGCACAGUCACAAAAUAUUAUACUAAUAUGUUGUACAUUCGGAAGAAUGUGAAUCAAUCAGUAUGUUUUUAGAUUGUAUUUUGUCUUACGGAAACCUUCUAUUACAAGACUUUGAUUUCCCUUUGGACUUCAUGUAUAUUGUACAGUUACAGUAAAA